AUGAAGCGCGCCCUUCCGUGGCUGCUGCUGCUGCUGCUUGCUGCAGCAGCAGCAACGGCUGCUGCUGCUGCUGCUGCAGCCAGCCAACAAGGUGUACAGACACCUAAGCCACAGAGCUGCCCCGCCUUCGCGUGGCUGCAGCAGGAACUUUCUUACCUCCAAGGGCCCCUUUCUGCUGCUGUGGACGAGCCAGCAGCAGCAGCAGCAGCAGCAGCAGACACAGCAACAGCAGCAGCAGACACAAAAGCAGCAGCAGCAGACACAGCAGCAGCAGCAGACCCCAACGCAUCUGGCGCCUAUGUGGAGCUCACAGAAGAGGCCCUCAAUUUGGCCCUCGAGAAGCGGCCGACUGCGUUGGUGCUGCUGGGCGAUUCGAGGUGUACAGACACCUCAGAUGUCUUCGCCACUUUCUUCGGAGUUGCUCGAGCCUUCUCUCGGCUGUCUCAGCUGCAGCCGAGGGUUUUAUUUGCCAAAGUCUUGCGGAAAGCAGAAGGGUCUGGCCAAAGGCGGGGGAUGCGCUACGGGGACAAAAACUCCUGUGAGAUGUAUCUGAGAUAUGAGCAGCACUUGCCAGCAGCAGCAGCAGCAACAGCAGGGGAGCCAGCAGCAGCAGCAGCAGCAGGGGAGCCUGCAGCAGCAGCAGCAGCAGGGGAGCCAGCAGCAGCAGCAGCGACGGAGCAGCCAGAAGGAGAAUACAUGACGCUUUUUCUCCCUGAAAACUCAACAGAGGAAGAAAUCAAACUCCAAAUCAUCAAGCUUGCGUAUCCCACCUCUCUGCGGGCCCCGAACAAAACCUUUUUGGAUGAAUUCCUUUUCGAGUUUCCCCAGAUGCUAAUUCGCUUUUUCGAAAAACCUGCUGACAUAACCCCUGUGCCUUCGGCGGUUUCUGUGGCUUCGACUCGGCUGCCAAUUGUAGACGUUUAUGACCCGGCUUUGGCUGCGGCCUUCAACGUGGAGCCUCCCCGCCAGCUGCUGCUGAAGCCCAAGGGUUUUCGCAAAGAAUUUACUCUUAGUGAAGACAGAGAAGAGCAACGGCGUUUGAUCGAAGCCCUGGAAGAAGAGACGCCCGCCGUUGUCAGCUUGACCAGCCUUACGGCUGCCUCGAUUUUCACUGAACUGCGUCCUGUCGUGUUUCUCUUUGGCGGCUCUGAGCCAGCGAUUUCUGAGGACUUUGCGUUCGCAGAGGCUGCUGCUGCUUUCGACAAAUCAGUUUUGUUCUGCUCGGCUGUCAUUCCUUCUUCUUUGCAACUGCGCGCAAUGAGCUACUUGGGAAUUGAAGAAACUGCAAAACCCCAGGUUAUAAUUGUUCGCGCCAUAGAUGACCCAAAGAAGCUGAUGAAAUUUGUUUGCGGAAAUGCCGAAAGCAAAAAGACAAUUCUUGAGUGCCUCACCAAGUUCAAAGAAGGAAAACUGAAACCCUACUACAAGUCCGCGAAACCCCCGAAAGUACAAAAAGGGCCUGUCUACGAGCUGGUGGCUUCGCGUUUCAAGUCGGUGGUUUUGGAAUCCAACAAAGAUGUUUUGCUGCUGAUCUACAGCUCCUCUUGUCCCCACAGCGCCAUCUUCAUGCCAGUAUUUGAAGAGGUCCCUAAACCCUAA